CACAAACUAGUACACCACAAGCUACCGGCACCGUUACGAAGACGAUCGCUCCUUCUAUCACAGUAGAUAUACGUGUACCAGAACAGAAGAAUCACAGAGCUCGUGCUGAGGAUGCCGUGAAAUCUUUACCAGGCGGCUUUACAUCUUCGACGAAGUACAUUUUUACAUAUACUGAGAACAAUGGUGAGGAACAUGAUGGAAAGCACCCCAGUCCUUCUUCUUCCACUAGGGCGAGAGAGUUCGGUGUGCCUUGCGAUGCAGAAGAAGUGGCCCAGGCAACCGCGGACAUUGCGUACGCACGACUUGAUGCUGGUGGAGAAGUACCUUCUUCUAGUGCAGCAUCUGAACAAAGAAAACGGGAGUUCACAUCACGAAAAAAUAAACGAAUCGUCUCCGAUUUGAUUACUGGGAAAACAACAGAACUUUCGGAUAUUCAGACUCCUUCCUCGGCGCUACAGGCGUUUUUCUCCACCUUGUUCACAUCAGCAGUCAACGAGAACAGCUGGCAGGAGUAUGCACAGAGAUCAUUUGAAGUCGUGAGAAAGAUACACGAACCUCAUUCUAGACACGAAGUCGCAAAGACAAAGAGUAACUUCUUGUCCCAUUUAAAAGACUACAUGUUACAACUGCACCAGUGCGAACUUGUCGAUUCUCGACAGGACUGGAUCGCCACUGCUACGAUGGAGGACUACGGCAUCGCAGCUUCGGUUCGGGUCCGUGACCGACGCAGGGAGGAUGUACUUGUAGACCCACCGAUUUUUUUUAGGAUCGUGCCUCCGCGUGUGCCCGAAUUCUCCGUGUAUUUGGAAUAUCCCGAAGAACAAGUAGGAGAAGAAGAACAAAAAGGUGGAACCAGUCGUGAACAACAACAGGAAGAUGCGUUCAGAAUGCGAGUUCUACUUCAAAAAAAUAAAGAUAGUUUAUUUUUGAAUCUUCCGGAGGGAGGUCUAGUUGACGGUGACGGACCAAGUCGCGCACCUUAUUCGUGGACAGGUGAGGUCCUGCACGCUUCUAAGUGGUGUACCCGAGACGAUAUACAAAUGGCCGUGAAGGAACUCGUGUCAGGAGCGGAGCGGGACUACGGAGAUCGGGCGAUAGAUGCAAAUGCUGUUAGCUCAAAAGAUGUGCCGUUCUUGCGAGCGCAGGCGGCUCUCGACGAACUUCUCUUUCUUGCCACUCUUCCUCUUCCACCUCGUAGUACAUCGUCUACGCCUUCGCUAAAUCAAGACGAGGCGAGUCUUCUAGGAGAACAACUCAGCAAGAACGUCGCCACUGAGAAGCAGAGGGAGGAGGCUGGAGCGCGCCUGCUGGACAAUCUGAAGCAAUAUCUGGAACAAAGGACGAGAGCAAAAGAGGGAGAGGAACCCCACGACAACAGGUGCAAGCUGCUGGAUACUACCGCAUCUGCUCUUCGUGUUGAUUUCUACGACCAUGCCCAUGCGCUUGAGGAUGAGGCUUCGUCGUCGUCGGACGGUAAGGACAAGCCUCCUGGAGCCGCUGAUGGACGUGUGCCAGUUGGUGAACUUCUUCUAGGUGAGCAAGUAAAAAAAACUAACAGGUGGACGCUUCUAGCUCGAGGCCUUGAACAAAAAGAACAAACUGAACGCCAAGAGUCCACGACAAUCGCUUCUAUCACAGUAGAAGUUGCAGCCGAUUCUACGUCUUCCAAGAACAAGGACAUGUUCUUGGCAUAUAAGGACGACUUUUCCAAUUCUCUCUCGUCCACUCGUGGUAUGAAUCCGAGUCCAACAAGGAAGCUGCUGUUCAGUGGAGUACCUUGCGACGCAGCAGAAGUGGCCAUGGCAACCAGGGAAAUUGCGUAUGGUGCGACCAGCGAUGAUCCUCGUUUAGCAGAAUCGACAAGGGAGGAUCAUACUAGAAGAAGUAGAAAUAAAUUGAAGAACUCCGAUUUAUUGCUCUCCAGAAGUGGGAGUUCCUCCGCUGCCUCGCACCUUCAGGGCUUUGUCUUCUCCAAGAUCAUAUGAACGGACAAAUUGCAAAAGGCUUCAAAGAAAACCCUGCUUCGUUCGAAAAAGUUUCUUCCUUAUUUCGAACGCUGUUUGAAUUUUUUCGAACGAAGCAGGAUCCUCUUUGAGGCCUUUUGUAAUUUGGCCGUUCAUACAGGACCACUUCAUCUGAUAUCGAAGAAGGCGAACCUGAACAAGAACAGUUAGAACAAACUCCAUCACUGUUUGACGUGUAUGCAAAUGGAGACAGUGUCGCUUCCGCCAAGAUUGAGACCGAUUUCUUCUCGAUGUUACGCGAUUACAUGAUGCUGAUCCACCACUGCGAGUUCGUGCCUGAACAACAGGAAUUUCGAGUCACCGGUAAGAGGCUGUCGAAGACCGAUGAAAGCGUGAGAGCGGAGGUUCGGGUCCUUGAUGUUGGACAAAGCAUGGGCUUCGCGGAGCCUUUGACCUUGAGGAUCAAAAAACGUCAAUUUGAAGCUACUUUUACCAAAAUGUAUCUCGACGAGGGGGACGGCGCUGCUAUGAUUGAGUUGACCUACCCGCCACAGGAGCCAGGAACGGAGGCACCUGCAUGGGAAGGCGUGCUCAAGAUGAGCAGUGGCCCGGAGGGGCAGAGGGUUCUACUAUUAAAUCUGAUUCUUCGGUGAAGACGUCAAGAUCCAUCAGACAAGCUCCAUCACAAAAACGACUCACGACGCUCGAUAUUUAGAAAGUAGCAACUCUAAUUGUUGAGAAAAGGGAUUAAAGAUCUACUUUUACCAAUAUAUAAUAUUUCGACUGACUAGAAGUUUACCCAAUACUGUUCUAUGGUCAUUUUCCAGGCUAUGGGCACACGGUGGG